CUACCCUCCAACAUAAAGGGACACCAGAGGCAACGCGAGCCCAGUAGAAAUAACUUCCCCUAAAUAUGUCUGUGAACUGUAAACAUUUCAAACGUUCAUACUUAUGAAACCGGAGUUACAGUCCGUCAGUACUGUUAUAGAAUAUGUUAGUUUUGCCCGAACACCCCCGUAAACCAUGAAAUGUGGAUGCUUCCUAAAAUGGCGGCGGUUUCUGUCAGUGAAGAGUGAAACUUUCCUAUUUUUAGCAAAAAAUUUCCCGUUUUCUGCCAUAUUCGGUCGGUUGCAGUCGUCUGUUCAUUAAAGUAAGCAUUAUCGGAACACAUCGACGUUUGACAGAGAUCGUGGGGACCAAGCGGCGUCACUCCGGGCUCCGUUUUUGAUCGCCAAAUCGCUGGGCUUCCCUCAAAGUUGACGGCGGCUGAGUGCCUGACAUUGCGAUCAUACCGACUGUUGUUGUCAUCACACUGCUAAACGCGGAACCAUCUGGUGAGAUUGGACGUCGGCCGUUUAGCUAGCUAGCUUGCCGACCAAAGUGCGUCGAAAACGCCUCUGCGGCUUUUUGAGCUGGAUCCCGUCAGGCAGGUCAGAGCUCCCGUGAACGUGUCCCCUGUCAGUGGAAAUAAAGAGGUGGUGUUGGAUGUCACCACUAGUCAGUGUCGGGCCAAAUCUGGUUUGCUAGCAUCGUCCAUCCUGGCAAAUCAAAUGGAGAAGCUCCAGGACCUGAGCCAAUCAGAGCUACAAGAGCUCCUGGACAACCCGGAGAGGGUGGAGUGUAUGGCUCUGGAGUCGGACGAGAUCCAGAACAUCCAGCUGGAGAGAGAGAUGGCACUGGCAUCAAAUCGCAGUCUGGCAGAGCAAAACCUGGACAUGAAGCCUCGUCUGGAGUCACAGAAGGAGGUACUUGUGGAGAAAUACAGUCAGCUCGAGGCCGUCAGAGAAACCUACAGACAACGCUGCUCCGUGAGAGAUGGGAUGGUCGGUCAGGUGUCUCCAGAGGCGUUGUUCUCCAGACUACAGAGAGAGGGCAGCAAAACGGAGGCAGAGUCAGAGGCUUUAGCUGAUGAGUUUCUGGAGGGCUCUCUGCAGUUGGACUCAUUCCUCGACCGCUUCCUCUCCCUGCGCUCCCUCGCUCACAAAAGACGGGUGCGGAUAGAGAAACUCCAGGAGAUCCUGCGACAGAGGAGUGAGGGCAAUCCCAUCGCCAUGACAUCAUCAACAGGCAUCAGCCAGGAUUCCACCGCUACACCUUCACCAUGGAAUCAACAGACAACAGCAGCAACAACGACAAAUGAGCAGCAGCCGAACUCCAAACCUCAGUCCUCCAGCUACCAAAACACCUCGCAGCCAGCCUCCUCGUCUGCAGGGGCCUCCUCCUACAGCCCGUACCCUGUCUCUCCACCCAACCCUACUCCAGCAGCGGUGGCAGCAGCAGGCUCCGGCCCAGUCAACCCCCUGUCACAGUUCCCUCCAUACCCAGGUUCCAGCUCACCUUUCACCCCUGCAGGAAGCUUCUCCGGCCCUAGGUCUGCUUUUGGGCCUCCAGCUUCUGCCGUCUGCCCUUACCCGACACAGCCCUCCUUUCCUACCCCACACCCAGGCUCAGCGUUUGGCCAGUACACCCCCAGCCAGCCCCAGAGUGGCCCUGCACCCUACCCAGCUUCCUACAGCUAUGGUGGCUACAGCUACCCAGCUGGGCCUGCCUACUCCAAUUCUCAGUCACCAACGGGGAGACCCAUCUACAGACCAGGAUAUGGAGUUCCACAACCAUACUCCUGAAAGCACUACUGCUCCUUUUUCUGAAUUCUUCUUAAUUCUUCCCUUCUUUGCUGUCUCACCUGUUCCUCCUUCCUCACCCUAAUUCCCUCCUUGUCUUUCUACCUUUUACACCCACCCUCCUUUUUCCCAUGCUACCAGAUUGUCUGAUUCAAGAGGUCUGUUGCUUUACUUAUCUUUGUUGCACUAUUUCUCUCUAUCUCUCAAUAUCUGUCUGUUAAUCUCUCUAUCUUUCUAUCUUUCCUCAUCCUCCUCUGUCACCCUACCGAUCCACCGACUUCCCCACACUAGUCUCAGGUUGUUGCGUUGUGUUUAAGUGUUAAUACACUUGUAUCUGGCCCUUCAUGCACUCACUCUCCUUCUCUCCAUCGCUCCUUACUUCCUCCUUACUUCACUCCUUCUGUGUGUGUCGCUAUUUGGCAAUCAGAUCGUCUUUAUAAACACACAAGUGCACUCCCCCCAACGACAAAUACAUGAAAAACCUGUCCAUGUAACACUACAGAACAUCAGUGUCCAGAAUCUGUGUGGUUCACAUUGUUAUUCAUGAGCACAGUCUGCAUUGAGAAACUUUUAAUGGAAGCUUUAGCAGGAAUCAGUCACCCUAUAUUUUCUCCAACCAAAGAACCUUGUGAUGAUGACAGUGCUGUGUUUUGUUUCCUUUCAUUUUGAUGGUGUUGAAAAAGGAAGUUAGCUGCUGCUGUGUGUCAGCAAUUGUGAUAGCCUUUCCAUCACUGUAAUAGUAUUGGUCACUGUGGCAACAAGCAGUGUCAACAGUUCCCUGUCUGAGUUCAGCCCAGUUCGGUUCAGUUCAGUGAACAGUGGCUUUCAUUACACAAAAUAUCAAUGUGGUCUAACAUUUACACUAGCUGUUAGCAUGUUUGUACGUUCUGUAGAUCUUAAAUAAUUGUACUCCUCAGAACCUCUACACCAGCUCUGAGGAGCAGAAUCAUUCAAAAUAUACUGAGCAGCCCUAGCAAGAGUUUUCCAAACUAUUUUACACCACAUUUGUUGACCUUUAUGUACUGUCCACCGUGCAUGUUAGCACUACAUCACAGAAAUAAGCCACUGUUUUCCUUAAAAAUAAAGUAAAAGUUAAAAGCUGACUUUGUUUUUGGACAUUUUAGGGCAAUGGAACAACCUGUAAACACAAUAUCACCAUUUUAAGUUAAUAUGACUAACAUGUCAGCAAGCAGUUGCCUAUUUACACACCCAGCAGACACAGAACAAGAUUAGAACAAAUUUGGAGUCGCCUCUCUGGCCAUCUCAUAAAUAUAAAUCCAUUAUUCACUCUCCUUGUAGCUCUGUUUUGGUCUUCACCAACUCCCAAGAAAAAUAUCUAACUCUUAAGCUUCUAAAUGCUCCAGUAUGUUCACUGGCUAAUCGCUAGCUUUGUCUGUCUGCUGUUUGGUGUAGUGUACUGUGGGGUUAUCCAGUUGAUGAGAGUGGAGUUUGGUCAGAAAACCAACACAAUGAGCUAAAAGAUGGCAACUGGGCACGCUGUGGAAGGCACAAAAAUUAGCUAGCUAGCUUAAGUGGCGAAUGUUCUCUUAUUACCCUCUCAUUCCCAGUUAAGACACAGCUCACUGACCUGCCGAACUUUAUAAACAGGCAGAAGCAAUCUGGCUCUAACACUGAUAAAUGGAAAGAGCAGAAUGAAACAGUCCUACUGUAUGUGGGUUCAGAGGUGUUAGCAAUGCAGUGGACCUGAAAUGCAGAUUGUUUGAUGCCGAUAUAGGGGGAGUUAUAGCACUGUAGUCCUGUAGUAAAGCUCUGAACCAACACAGAACCAAACAUGGUUUCACUUCUUUGUUCCCACUUUCCCUGUCAUCCCCCAAGCCUCAUCACUUCCUCCUCUCCCUCACUCUCCUGCUCAUCUCUAGAUCUGCUUUUUGACCAUGAACGGAUGCUUGACAAUGAUUACCAGAUGAAAAUAGUUUUAUUUCUAAAGUUCAAACUAUCAGUGAGAACACAUGUUCUGUAUAGUUUACUAGAGUGAAAAUAUAAAGGUUGGUGAUCAGUUCUGUAUCAGUUGAAUCAAUUCAAAUAAUAUCACUGAUAUUGCAAUGUAGGUAACUGAUGAAACAUUGUUUAGUGAUCUUUUAGAAGUUGUUACUACCUGCUCCAAAUUUGUAUUACACUUUGGAAUAACCACAGACACAUUAAAUCCUUGAGAUGUUA